AUGACUACCUUUCAAGUAGACCAAGCUCCGGCUGAUGCCCUUUUCAAUCUCAUGGCCAGAUAUAAGGCUGACACUUUUGAUAAGAAGGUCGAUUUAGGUGUUGGUGCCUAUCGUGACAACAACGGCAAACCAGUUGUGUUGCCAUCGGUUAAAAAAGCUGAAUACUAUCUGAUUGAAGACCCCGAGGCUAAUCAUGAAUACUUGCCAAUUGCUGGUAACGCAUCAUUCAUCAAGGCAGCAGCCAAGCUGAUUUUCGGAGAUUCUAAAGACGUUUCUCAAAUUGCUUCUGUACAAACAUUAUCCGGUACUGGUGCCAACCAUUUGGGUGCUGUGUUUCUUCACAAAUACCCCCCAAGGGUAAUACUACCAACACUAUCUACAUUCCAGACCCCACCUGGGCCAACCACAAUAAUAUUUAUAACCAUGCCGGACUGA